AUGGCUACGAAUGACUCGAGCGCGAAGACCGAGCCCCUCCAGAUAACUGAAGAUGAGGCGGCGGUGUACGACAGGCAGAUCCGGCUCUGGGGACUCGAGGCACAGCAGAGAAUGCGCAACGCGACGAUCCUCGUCGUGCGCCUGCGCGGCGUCGCGACGGAGGCGAUCAAGAACAUUGUUCUAGCAGGCAUCGGCCGACUUGUCGUAGUCGACGGCGACCCCGUCACCCCGGCGGACCUCGGCGCUGGCUUCUUCUUCCGCGACGAGGACGUCGGCGCGAGGAAAGCGGAAGCGGCGAAGACACGCAUCGAAAGUCUUAAUCCACUGGUAACAGUUGAUGCGGUAUCAUCGAAGGCUCCCCUCGAUGGCGACGCACUGGAAGCACUUGUCAACGAUGUCGACCUGGUCUGCGUGACCGAUAGCGACCGUGCCACGUUAAUCCGCGUGAAUGACGCAUGUCGGCGUGCGGGGAAGCCCUUCUACGCUGGCGGGACAUACGGCCUGCUUGGCUACAUCUUCUGUGACCUGCUGACACACGACUACAUCGCACCAGACCGUACUGCACCCAAAGACACAGCGAAGAAUAUACGGAAUACAACAAAGUAUUGCCCCCUCAGCACAGCACUACAGCACCGCUGGACGGGCAUGACGCGCAAGCAGACGAAGGAGCUGAACCCCGCUGCUGUUUUCUCUAUGCUAGCACUAUGGGAAUACCAGGCAACUCAUGGGGGGGUGCUCCCCGACAGUCAGAGCGAGGCGGUACCUCUGGAGAGCGUUGCGAACGCACUUUUGACCAAGGCAGAUGUGAACAAGCAGACGCUGCCCAGUAUACCUCGGGCAACAAUCGAGUCAGUAGCAACGACGGCAGCACACGAGCUCUCUCCAGUGUGCGCCGUUGUAGGCGGGAUGCUGGCGCAAGAUAUACUCAAAGCACUCGCAGCUCGCGAGUCGCCGAUUGUCAACUUCUUUGUGUUUGAUGGCAGCCUGGGCAGCGGCACGGUCUGUCGGCUGGGCAUCGCAUAG